CUUUCAAAUAGUACUGUUUUCCUACAGAGUUAUUCCCGUCUAUUCAAUCUAGGCCUUUCCAACCCUCCAUUUCGGAAUAUGGCACUACCUACCUCACUGCGAACGUCAGCAACUCCGCCAGAAUUGGAACUCAUUGCCUCUCAACAACUCAUUGAGAUCGUACCUCUGAUCGCGAUGGAGAAAACGGCCUUUAUCUUGGGUGCAUAUGGUCCGCUCAGACCACCAAUCAAAGCCAGUGUGCCCCUCUGGAUGGCGGUCAACCUGAAGCUCAAGAAGAAAUGCCAUAUCAUUGCUCCCCCGUGGCUAAACGUUGAAUUCCUGCAAAAUCGUUUAAACGAAGAAACAGGAAACAAAGUGUUCAGCAAGAUGCCUUUUCGGUUCGCUGAAAUUGCCAAAAUCUUACUGGAUGUUGCCCCCGACGACCUUGAAAGCCCGGAUAAAAUUCGUUCUCUGCUUAAGGACCUUCGAGAGGCACGCCAGGCUAAGUGUAGAGAUGGGCUGGCUGUUUUGGAUCGUGGUGAAACCAGUCUCUCAAACCUAUGUGCGAUGGAAAUAAAUGAAAUCCGACCCUUUUUUAUACAUGCAAAAAGCAUAAUUACCCAGCUGUACCGAGAAGAGGCGCAAGAUCUUCAAGAGGAUUCACAGGGCAUGACCAUGUCGUAGUACUAUAUACCGGUUUACAUUUACCA